AAAAUUCCCGCGAAAACAGCUCAGCGUGUGUAGUAGUUUAACAAAAGCAUCAAAAAUGGAUGGUGAAUUAUUCCGUAAACUUGCUUCUAAAAUGGGAAUAACUUCUCCUAAAGUGCUGAGACAGGCAGAGGAGUAUCUGCGGCUGUCUCAGGUGAAAUGUGCAGGUCUCGGAGGUUCUACAGCCAGCAGUCAGGCUGUGAUCUGCCUUGAGCUGGCAGCCACAACUGUCAAGUUCCCCAUAGACAAGGAGUACGCCGUCAAGCUUUCGGGAUUGAAUCAGAAAGCGUAUCAGAGCAGUCUGAAGGCCAUGGAGUGUUUGCUGGGUCUGGAGAGCAGUCUGGGGCUCAGGGAUGUGGCCGUGCAGUACGGGUGCGUGGAGGCGGUCAAGGCGGCAUCUCAGAUCCUUCAGCGGUACAAGGCCAGUUUACCUGCAGCUCAGCAACAAGAUGUGGAUCUGUCUAAACCCCUGUUCACUACGGCUGCUCUGUUCACCGCCUGCAGGUGCAUGAAAAUCCAAGUUGAUAAGAAGCUGACGUCGUCCUCGGGGACGAAGAAGGCCGUGUUCGACAGGCUGUGUGCUCAGCUGCUGAAGUUCGGCCAAGAGAUCUGCAGUGAUGCCUCUUCUGUGAAGCGACAGAUCAAACCAACACAAAAAAGACAGAAGACUCUCACAGAGACACUGCAGGAAGCAGAGGAGGAUGAUAGCUUGCCAACGUCUCCUAAGCAACAGCGGGAACCAGCACUGAGGGAGAACAACUCUGAGGAAGAAAUGAAACAAAAUUACGAGGAGUGGAAAAGAAAAAUCCUGGAAAACGCUCUUGGAGCUAAAAGCAGUGGAUAGUGAGGGCCAUGCCUGUUAGAUUUUUUUUUUAAAUUAAUAUUUGUCAUGUUUUGGUUUCCUUCUUUAACAUUGUCCUUUUAUCUGAACAAAAUUUAAUUUCCCCUGACUGGGGGUGAGAGAGAGAGAGAGAGAGAAAAGAGAGAGUGUGUAAAGGUGUUAUCAGAUGACCCUGACCUACGGUAUGUGUACGACUAUUCAGUGUCCUGUAUUAUUUCCCUUGUUCGUUUGGUGGAGCUGGGUGUUAAAAGCCCUGUAAUGAAGGAGAAGAGCCGCCAUGUCUGAGGGUCGAUGCUCGUUGUUCAUGUGUGGAUUCGGGUGCGUUUUAAUCAACUCUUAUUCCCUGUGAUUCAUUCACAUCAAGGCUCCUGUGUGGUGAUGUGAAGGGGUUCAUGGGAGCGUUUGCAGUCACAGGCAUGCAAGUGUGUGUGUGUGUGUGUGUACAUGCUCAUCAUCCCUAAAGGGAAUGAAUAACACACCAUGUUAUUCAGCACAUUCAGUACUGCUGUUUUUUAAUAAAACUAAAUGAUCAAA